AUGAACGAUAAUCGUAAAGGCGAAAUUUUACGAGAUGCUCAAAGACAAGCUGCAAUAGUGUCACCAAUUCCUGGAACAACACGUGAUGUUAUUGAAGUUUCGUUAAAUAUUGGUGGAUAUCCAAUCGUUAUAGGCGACACUGCAGGAUUAAGACAAACUGAUGAUUUGAUCGAGAUUGAAGGAAUUUCAAGGGCAAAAAAAUGGUGUUUAUCAUGUGAAACUGGUGAAGGCUUCAAAGAAUUUUUGGAUGAAUUUGUCAAUCUUUUAAAAACAAAAUAUGAUUCGUCAACUUCACAAGUUGCCCUAAUAACUCAAACAAGACAUC